GUAUUGCUCCGCCUGAAAUGUGAUCCAUUAAUCGUAUUGCCCUUAAUCACCGGGCGAAUCAGACGAGAGCUGCAAGUUGGGCGCAACUUUGAAUCCUGUGCUGGUUCGCGUAAUUAAUUUUACGUUUCUUAAACAUCCUACAGUUUAACAGGGACCAGGGUUUAUGUUAGGUAAAGCAAAUACGACGAAUUUCCUCAGAACAGUUGAUGCUUUUAGAGACUUUUGUCAGAAGCGCAUGGAUGAGGAUAACCUCUUCAGGACGAUAGGUCAACAACUGAGUGAAGAAAACCCGUUCACUCUUUAGUCUAGGCUGCAACUGGACAGAGACCUGAAGUUUAUGUUGAUACGGUCUUCCAUUCUUCUUUAAUCUCGGUGCUUUAAGCUGAUUUGUGUUCGAUCCGCUACCCACGCGCGCAGUUCAAAGUGCGCCUCGAUGCGCGUAAUUGUUUUACUCAAUCGGGAGUAUUGAAGGGUUCGGUCCAGCGCCUGGUGCUCAUACGGACUGGCUGACAAGUUCAAAUUAAGAAUUGGACAUCUAAAUACCUUCAGUUUUCCUGUCACAUCUCAAUAAAUGGGGAACCUGGAUAAUUGUUCUCUAAGGGACUGUGCUUUCUGUUAAACUCAUACCGCACCACUCGUUUUGAAAUCGGUGCAUCUUAAACAAGACCAUGAUGUUUAUGAAAUUGUUUGUUCCACUGAUGUCCAUCGGUUUGAUACGAGGUGUUCAUGGUCAGAUGGUCCAGAUGGACAGCAGUAAGUCAGGAUUUGUGGGCUCACAGGUAGAGCUACGCUGUCAGUUUGUCAACAGCAACCCACCUGUAAAAAUCUCGCAGGUCACCUGGCAGAAGCUGGUCAAUGGCACUAAGCAGAACGUGGCCAUCGCCAAUCCAGCCCUGGGGGUGUCAGUACUGAGCCCCUUCAAAGAGCGUGUGCGCUUCAAGAACCCCGCCGUCCGCCAGCACACACCUUCCCUGGAAGACACCACCAUAGUCUUCAACAAACUAAAACUGUCGGAUGAAUCCACCUACAUCUGCGAGUACACAACCUUCCCAGCUGGCAACAGGGAGAACAUGGUUAAUCUCACUGUUUAUGCUCGCCCUAUGAUCCAGAUGAGUCUUUCCACACCCUCCAUAGUGGCAGGAACCAAAGAUCUGAAGAUGACUGUUGCCACGUGUGUUUCUGCCAAUGGGAAGCCACCCAGUGUGAUCACAUGGGAAACUGAUUUAAAUGGAGAAUCCAACACCCAGGAGAUACGCAACCCUGAUGGGACUGUCACAGUGCGCAGUGAUUACUUGGUGGUUCCCAGUCGAGAAAUACACCAACAGCUGCUCACCUGCGUCUCCACAUAUAAUGACGAACAAUACACAGACAGUGUAACACUCAACAUUCAGUAUGAACCAGAGGUGAUAAUAGAAGGCUUCGAUGGGAACUGGUAUUUGAACAGAGAAAACGUUCAGCUCACCUGCUUGGCUGAUGCCAAUCCACCCAUCUCAUUGUUUCAGUGGAGAUACUUGAAUGGAACUAUGCCGAGUACAGCAGAGCUUCGUGACGAUGUGCUGAUCUUUAAAGGUCCUGUAACCUAUGACAUCGCAGGCACAUACAUCUGUGACGCUAGCAACAGCAUUGGGACAGGCUCUGCGUCCGUUGAGGUCAUUGUCACAGAAUUCCCUAGCUAUCCACACGAGGUGUCUCAGGAGACACAGCAAGCUUUUGCCAUCAUUGGUGGAGCUGUUGUUUGUGGCACAGUGCUGUUGGCCGCCAUUACGCUCCUGGUAGUGUUUUUAUAUCGCCGGAGAUGCAUGUUUAAAGGAGAUUACAGUACCAAGAAGCAAAUCCUUGGAAAUGGUUACAGCAAGGCUGGCAGCGUGCCGUCACACCCCUCAUUACCUCACAGUCUGACCUUCUCCGAAGACUCAGAUGAAGAGAAGAAGCUGGAACUUUACAGAGGCUCCAGUAUCUUAGGAAGAAGUGUUCAGGAGUUCCACAACUGCAAUGACAGCAAGAUCAAGGCCUACCACAUGGGACUGGUCGAGGACCAUGAGAGAUGCGGACAUAGUGAGCAGACUUACAUUUAUGAUUACGGAUCUGAGGUGGAGGUCUCAGUGGACAUGAUUCCUCAGAUGGACGGUUCUGUCAUCUCGAAAGAAGAGUGCAGGCUUUGGGAUCCAAACUGACAAUGGAUUCGAUUCACCAGAGGACAUUGUUGACAUGAAAAUCCAAACGGAUGAUAGAUGUUUGGAGAUGGACCAGUGAUUGGCCAUGUUGUUGACUUUGCCUAAUAAAAUUACUCUGUUUCAAAACCUAGCGAGUUGUUUACAGUAGCCAACGUAAUUAUGCAUCGAUAUUUGCAUAAUUAUGCAGCCUCUUAAAAUCCCUCAUUUUAGCCAAAUUCUAAAUCAGCAUUACAAUCUCUCACAUAGAAUGAGAUGAAGAGGUUUAUUAUGCAAUUCUAAGUUAUAUUUCUUAUAUUUAAAAAUAGCGAUAUACAUAUUUAAAUGUAAUUAUUUUACAAAAUAUUUGCGUAUGUAUAUGCGUAUUGUGCUGUGAGCUUAGCAUCAGGCUAACUUCAAACUCUAUUGAAAUCAAUAGUGAUUUGUGUUCUUCCUUACCUCUUACCAAAAAUUAACCAUGGUUUUACUAUACUAACCAUAGUUUAACCAUGGUAUUUGUAGUAGGCAAAAA